ACCCGGGUUCCGACUUCCCCUCCAGCCCGGCUCGCGGCCUCGCGCUCCCCACCCGGCCCACAGAGCCCGCGCCGCGGCCGCCCAGCGCUUGCAGAGGCCGACAUGGGCCCCGCGCGCUGGCUCGCGCUGGGCAGCCUCCUCGCCCUGGGUGCGCUGCUGGAAGGCCGGCUCGUGGACGAGGAGGACGCCGGCUUUGGCGAAUGUGACCAAUUCUUCUACGCCCAGACCCCGCCAGCGGGGCUGGCGGCCGAGGGCCACGUGAAGAUCUGUCAGCGCUCCGAGGGCACCGAGCACUUCGCCACCCUGUACAGCACCCGGGACCGCAUCCCCGUGUACUCGGCGUUCCGCGCCCCGCGCUCCAUGCCCGCCGACGCGGAGCAGCGCUGGUUGGUGGAGCCGCAGAUCGAUGACCCCCGCAGCAACCUUGAGGAGGUGAUGAAUGAGGCUGAUGCUAUCAGCACUGUGAGCAAUCUGGGAAGCCGGCAAGCCUUGAGUACGGAUUACUUGGAUUCUGAUUAUCAGAGAGGACAGCUGUACCCGUUCUCCCUUAGCAGUGAUUUUCACAUAGCCAUGUUCGCUCUCACAAAUGCAGCUCCGAUGACCCCGACCUUCCGGGAGCGAUGGUACAUGAAUCUCAACAGCCUGAUGGACCGCGCCCUGACCCCACAGUGUGGCAGUGGGGAUGACCUCUAUAUCAUCACAGGUGCUGUGCCCUCAGACAGCAAAGUCAAAGACAAAGUGACCGUCCCUGAGUUUGUUUGGCUGGCAGCCUGUUGUGCUGUCCCUGGAGGAGGCUGGGCCAUGGGCUUUGUCAAGUACACCAGGGACGGUGAUGUCAUAGAAGAUGUGAUGGUGAAAGACCUUGAGAAACUGCUUCCGUUUAACCCUCAGUUAUUCCAGAACAACUGUGGUGAAGCGGAACAGGACACAGAGAAAAUGAAAAAAAUCCUGGAAGCGGUUAACCAAGUCCAGGAUGAAGAGCGAAUGGUGCGCUCUAAAGAGAGCACUAGUCCUCCCCCCAGCACAAGGAGCAAGAGGUCUGCUCUGCUGCCCCCGGAUGCACCUGAGGAAAGGAGUAGCUUUUUGGGGAAACUCAUAGGCUUCAUCGCUACCCCAUUCAUCAAGCUUUUCCAAUUAAUUUGCUAUCUUGUGGUGGGAAUCUUGAAGAGCAUUUUGUAUUUCCUGUGGUAUGUCGCCAAGCAGGUGAUGAAUGGCAUAGAAAGUUGCCUUUACCGCCUGGGUUCAGCCACUUUAUCGUACUUCUUGGCCAUUGGGGAAGAGUUGGCGAGCAUUCCCUGGAAGGUACUCAAAGUCAUAGUCAAAAUCAUCAGGGCCCUUCUCCGGAUCCUUUGUUGUCUGCUGAAGGUUGUUUGCCGCAUCCUGGGCAUCCCUGUCCGAGUCCUUGUGGAUGUGGCCGCUUUCCCUGUGUACACCAUGGGCGCCAUUCCGAUCGUGUGCAAGGACAUCGCAGUGGGCCUUGGUGGCACCAUCUCUCUGCUCUUUGACACUGCUUUUGGCACUGUGGGUGGCCUAUUUCAGGUUGCUUUUAGUGCUUGCAAGCGAAUUGGCUACAAGGUCACUUUUGACAGUUCUGGGGAGUUAUAGAACUCAAAAAACUAAUAGUGACCAGUAAAUUUGAUUUUUUUUUUUUUAAAUAGAGAAGGCUGGAAUACUUUGUCUGUACAGUAGGUUUCUGUUCACUAUCAGUUAUAUUUGGGACUUUCCUGGGCAUGUCUCUAUGUCUUUGAAAAGGAAGAUGGUACACUUGAGACUUGGCCCAAGAGAAAUGUUCAGGGUAGGAUUAUGUGUAGGUCAUCUGAUGUGAAAUGGGCAAGCUUCUAAACUGUAACCUUUGGUUAUUUACUCUGAUACAGAUGACCACCUGAGCGAUUCUGGUUUUCAGGUGUGAUAGUUAAAAAUUACAGAAGAGGGAGGAAUUAGAAAGAGGACAAUGUUAAACCAAAGGGUUUUUGAGACAAUGAGAAAGGAAUCUUGUUCCUCCUUUUACUCUCUGAGACUGAAGGCAAAACUGAUAUAAAUAUUCUUGGCCGGUUUACCUUUUGUUUCUCUUUUUCCUCAACUCAACUGACCUUGGUGAAGUUCAGACUCGCUUUGCUGCUGAAAUAACUUUCUUAUGAUAUAGAAUCUGCUAUAUCCCUUCACUUUCCAUGGUUCCCAAGUACAUUUAAGAUUUUUUUCUCCAAAGUUGAAUUUUGAUGCAUUUUUCUUUUAUGUAAUGAUAAGCAUUUUAUGCCAAAUGUGACACAACAAAUUUUGAAUGCCAGGGCAAAGAUCGUUUGCCCCUUGAACGUGUAGCACAGUCUUCUAGGGUAUAAACAAGAGGCCACAAGGUGAGAGCCAGCUCUGAGUAGGUGCUGUAAGUCCCAGGACAUCCCUAGCCAAGCUGGAUUAACUUGAAGUAUAUCAAAUCUCUGGCUGACAAGAUUGAGCUCAAAGACCUACAUGUUAAGCUAAUAUGAAAAUUCACACUCUUCAACUUACUAGAUCAAUCUUUCUUAUCCCUCAAGCAAAUACCCAAAACAGUAAAGCACUCUGGCUUUUGUCUUUAAAUGAUUGUUUUGGUAUAAAUGUACAGAAAAGAACCACAAAACAAAAACUAUUCUAGCCACCUGGGAAGUUUAUAUAUGUAUAAACUUGAUUAAGAAUGAUCUCUUAGGCAAUUAUUUUUAUAGUAUAUUUGAGUCUAGAACACAUACCACUCACAUUAAUGCAAAUUUGGCUUGAGAGCUAAUCCCCAAUGUUUUGAUCAAACAUUUGUCAAUUAAAAUCUUGCACUGAAAAUGGUAAAAAGGGAAAGCAGAAUCUCCCAAAUUUUGUUCUGCCUUCUGAAUGAAUGGUCUGGAUUUUUCUUGAGUGUCCUAAAGAGUCAUGGUAAGGUAAGAAAAAAAAGGGGAGGUGGGGAGGCCACCAUUCAUCUGGAAGUCAGAUGCAGAAACCUGGGGCCCAGUAAAACAAGGAGAGAAUGAUGGAUCAACGACUUGCUUCGGGUUGGGGGAUGAGAAAUAUGAGUGUAGUGAGAGUUACAUUUUGCGGAAAAAUAAUUGAAUUGGCCCCACAGUGAAAAAGCAGGCAGCAAGCUGGCAGGCUGAUCAGUUUGUGAUGCAAGAUUGGGAAUUAUGGCACCAGACUGGUCAAUGGUAGGGAGCUAUGAACUGAAUUUAAGAAUCUUAAGCAGUAAGUAUUUCACCGACACUUCUGUUAGCAUUAACAUCUGUAAUCUGACUUUGCUCCGUCUCAAGUGUGAAGGUUCAUGGAAGGGUGAGGGUACUGAUGGGUCAAGAAUCCUGCUAGAUUAAAGAAAGAGACUCUUAGAAGUGACCAGCGAAGCAGUCUGGCCAAACCUUCAUUUAAUGAGGAACCUGAGGCACAGGGAGGCAACGGGCUUGCUUUCAGUUUCACAGCUACCUGAUGGCUUAGCAGGAGCCAAGAUCUUACGCACACGUCCCAUCACACCUGGGAUGUCAGCUAUGUGGUGUGUGGGGUUCAUUUCAGCUGCCUCCCGGACCAUGGCAGAGUUUUCUCCGCCAUCCACGCACAACAGCAUGCUUAGUGCCUCCCACUGACACAGUUUUCCUGCUUGUACAUAUUUGCUAAGUGAGGCCCAAAGAGGGCAUCCAUGGCAGCUUGAGCCCCUUGGCACCAUGCAAGGAGCGGGGCAUCCAAACUGCUUCUUGAGAGCCAUUUGGAAAUGUCUUCUUGUUCACUGCUUGUUGUUGAAUUUCUUAUUUAUUUAUUCUUGGGUGGCCUUUUUAGAAACCUGGGAAGGGAUAAUAAAGCAAAAAAAAAUCCUCAAGUUUAGGCGGCUGAGACUCUGCACUGGACGACCGGAUGUGACUGUGCCUCUGGGACACAGGCACAAUAAACCAGCAGGUGGCUGCACCACUGGUCUGCUCCCAGUGAGCUACUUUGGGUUUUGAGGUGAGAGUUGGGGUCGAUGAACCCCAUCUCUGGCUUGCAGAUUUUUCUGUGUCUCAGGCCCCUGGGGAAGUCAGCCAACCUUUACUAUAGAGCUGAUUCUCUAGGGUGUGGACUGGCCGCCCUUGGGACACUUCUUUUCCAUUGUGCCUUUUGAAUGUUGGUUUCUCACUCGGCGUUAACACUUCCAGCUAACUGCAGACUAGGGAGUUGGGGGAAGGAACUACAGUGAAGCACUCAUCGUUCAUUCAGUCCUUCAUCUGUCCAACAUGUAUUUGCACCUCAAGGCUGCAGAGAUAAACAUAUGGAUCUCAUUUUGAGGAGUUCAGAAAUCUAGCGGGGAGACCACAUGGUACAACUGAGACAUGUAACACAUCAUGGUAAGUGCUACACCAAAGGUACUAACGAGCAGCCUGAAUCCUGGAGCACAGGAGGAAAAAGACCACAGAACCAUGGAAACUCAGGAAGCCUUUAGAGAGGGUGUGACAAAAGUCAGUUUGACAUUUUCGAGCUAUGUACAAUGCUGUGCACCUUGCAAUGCUCAAUAAAGUAAUUGUUGACAACUCA